GAGGUUUACAAAAUGGCAGUUUUGUCGAGCUAAUGUAAUAGCUGGGAUCCUCUACAACCUUAGCUUAGUUGUUUGAUAUACAAACGAAGUAUUUUUUUUAGGAUUUUGUUCAUGUAAAAAGGCCAUGAUAUUAUUUUUAUGUAGUUUGAAGUAUAAAUGACGUUAACGAUAACAUUGAUAUAUAGCUAGCUAGACUCUUGCUAUAGUUCAUUUUAAACUUUGAAAACAUGGCGCUGGAAGGUGUUUCAAGCCGUAUAACUCGGUUAAACCAACUGUUGACCGGAAAAACCUCAGGAAAAAAGGUACCACUUUUGGAUAAAGAGACAUUGUUAGAUGCGUUUAUGGGUUUAUACAAUGAAUGCAGUACUGAAUUUAUGAUGAAAGAUAAGAACAUCGCAACAUACGUGAAAAAGUUUAAGCCGCUGAUAUCUGAAAUUGCAAAGCUUCGUCUAAAAAAGUCAGACUUUGAAAUUAGAAAAACUAUUGGUCGGGGCCAUUUUGGUGAGGUGCAUGUUGUUAGAGAGAAAGUUACUGGGAAUGUUUAUGCAAUGAAAGUACUUAAAAAAUCUGAAACUCUGUCCCAGGAUAACGUAGCUUUUUUUGAAGAAGAACGAGAUAUAAUGGCAUUUGCAAAUAAUCCGUGGAUCACAUCUUUACAAUAUGCAUUUCAAGACUUUGAAUCACUUUACUUAGUAAUGGAUUUUCACCCUGGUGGAGAUCUUCUAUCGUUACUAGCAAAGUAUGAUGAUAUAUUUGAAGAAGACAUUGCAAAGUUUUAUUUAGCUGAAAUGAUUAUGGCAAUUCAUACAGUGCAUGCUCUUGGCUAUGUACAUAGAGAUAUAAAACCAGAGAAUGUUUUAAUAGAUCGUGUUGGGCAUAUAAAGUUAGCCGAUUUUGGUAGUUCAGCUAAAUUGUCCUCCGCAAAGAUGGUUGUCAGCAAAAUGCCAGUAGGAACUCCAGAAUAUAUUGCACCUGAAGUAUUAAUGAGUAUGGAUGGUUCUGGUGGAGGUGGAAAAUAUGGAAUAGAAUGUGAUUGGUGGUCACUUGGGGUUGUGGCUUACGAAAUGAUGGUGGGAAAUACACCAUUUCAAGCUGAUUCUGUGGUUGUAGUAUAUAGUCAGAUUAUGAACUUUAAGAAUUCUUUGCAAUUCCCUGAUGAUCAACCAUUAACUGAUAAUGCCAAAGGUUUAAUCAGGUCGUUACUUACAGACCAAAAAAAUCGCAUUGGCUAUGCUGAUCUUGCAAAACAUAAUUUUUUUACUGGUCUUGACUGGACAACAUUACAAGAUGCUGUCCCACCAUAUGUGCCUACGAUUGCUAGAGAAGACGAUACGUCAAACUUUGAUGAUUUUGAAACAGAAAAUAGUGGUCCUAGAAUAAAUGAUUUUAUGGAACAGAAGAAAGGGUUUUUAGGCAAAGAUUUACCGUUCAUUGGUUUUACAUUUACUAAGCAAUUAACAUUAGCAUCACUGAAUGAAACAAUCAACGAUCCCGGAACACCAUGUGGUACACUUCCAAAGACAUCAUCAGUAAAGUCUCGUGACUCAAUCAAAAGUACGCCUAAUCCUGAGCUGCAAAUUCUGAAAACUAGUUUGGAAAAGGAACAAAAGAAAAACAAGGAAUUAAAGUCUUCUUUGGAUGAUAAAUCUAAAUCAAUUUUAAAGUUACAAAGUGAGCGUGAUGAACUGGAAAAUGAAAAAGCAUUGUAUGAAACAGAGCGAAAGGAUCUGAAAAGAGAUCUAGAAGAGGAGAAAGGAAAAAGAGAAAAGUCAGAAAAGGAAAUCACGUCCUUGAAAAAAGAACUUCUCAGUGGAAGUAAAAAGGCUGAAGAACAGCGCAAUGAGCAAAUAAAGUCCUCACUCGAAGAGCAGCAAAAGUUUAUUAAUCAACUAGAAAAGGAUAAAUCAAACAUCACUAAAAAAGCUCAACAAUUAGAAAUAGAAGUUAGCAAUUAUCAAAAACAAACAGAAGACUCAAAGACUCGCAUCAGUGAUUUACAAGCUAAAUUAGCCAAGGUGAAUGAAGAUACAAAAGCUAACGUUUCUGAGCUGCAGCAAAAACUGCAGAAGGUUACAACAGACAAUGAAAAUAGAAUCAAGCAAUUUCAAGAGAAAUUGGCAAAAGCUGUUCAGUCUGAACAAGAACUGACUGAACAGUUAAGUAAAGUUGAGCGAGAAAAAGAAGAUAUGGAAAAAGAAAUGAUAGAAUUGAAGGGAUUUGAGAGCCAGUAUAAAAAUGUUGAGGCAGAGAACCAAAAAAAGGAUACUGAAUCAGGCAAGACUAUUGAAUCCUUACAGAGCAAUUUGUCUGACAAAACACAAAGAGUGACUGAAUUGGAAGCAGAAACCAAGACAUUAAAAGAGGAUCUACAAGAAGCGCAAAAUAGAUAUGAUAAUUUGGUAGAAUUUGGUGAAGAUUUAAAAGCACAAGUAGAAAGGAAAAUUGAGAAACUUCAAAGAGAACUUGCUACUUCACGAAAAGAACAUAAAAAAAUCGAAACUGAAUACACAACCCUUAAAGAAGAAUAUGAAGAUAAAAAUAAUAAUUUAAAUACAAAAGAUAGUAUGAUAACCACUUUGCAGAACACAUGUCAAAGUUUAGAGAAACAGCUCAACGAUUUAAUGAAUUCAAAAGAAAUGAAUGCGAAAGAGCUAGAUGAGAAAGUUCAAGAAGAAAGGCUACAGUUAACACGUAAAAUGAGCACAAUAGCAUCCGAGAAGUUGAAAUCAGACAAUGAAAUAAACAGACUAAAAACUGAAUUGAAAGACAGUCAUGAAACAAAUGCAAGAACAAAGCAACGUCUUGAUGAAGCGCGUGCACAACUUGAAGAGACCACUGAAAGUUAUGAAUCAACUAUCCAAAAAUUAAAUACAGAUUUAACAAAGGCAUCUGAUGAAAGUAACAGAUAUCAAAAGGCUGUAGCAGUAAAUAUUAAAAAUGGCGAACAGUUGUCUGCUCAAAUUGAGAAACUAAAGGCUGAACUUGAGACUCACAAAGAAAAAUCUGAUGAUUCUGAAAAACUACAGGAAGUUGAAAAUAAACUACAGAAGUCCAAAGUAGCUGUUGAAAAUCUGAAAGCAGAUAAAAAGGUUAUGGAAAAGAAACUUCAAGAAUCAGUGGAAGAACUUUCUAAAAUAAGAAAGGAGAAAGAACAUAUUCAAGAAGAGUUAAAUGAAAAAGAACGCCAAGGAAACAGUCAAGAUUUAACUAUACAAAUGCUGAAGCAAACAUGCACCAUGUUGGAAGGACAGGUUGAAGAGUUGGAAGUGAUGAACGACGAGUACCAAGAUAGAGAAAGUCAAUGGAACUCAGUCAAGCGGCAACAAUAUCAAGCACAAGAGAAAUUAGAACAACAGUUGACUGAUGCAUUAAAUACAAUUGAGCAGCAACGACAAACAAAGAGUAAAGCUGAAGAAAAAUUACGUGCAAUUGAAGAUAGUGUUGCGUCCUCGCAAUCUGAACUCGAAGAAAAAAUUGAAGAAUUGCAAGAAGAAAUUAAAAAGCGAGAUGAAAAACUACAAGAUUCAAAUAAUUCUUUAUCAAGUGCUGAGAAGAAAAAUAACUUGAACUCUGUCACCAUCAAAAAUCUGGAACGUAAACUAGCAACACAAAGUGAGGAGACUGAGAAGCUGAUUGCAGAGAUGUCCCAACUGGAGGACCUAAGCGCACAACAAACUUCUUCUAACUUCGCCCUGACAGUAGAGAUCGAAGAACUGAAAGAGCGUAGUGACGAUAUUGUCAUGGAGAAAGAAGGUUUGCAGAAUCAACUCGAAAGAAACGCUUUUGCCCACGCUGAAGAGAAAAUCAAACUCGAAUCCACGUUGGCACAACAAACUAAACUCAUUGAUUUCUUGCAAAAGAAAGUUAUGAUUGACGAUCGUAACUUUGCACCGAACAAAAAGCCCAAGUUUAAAGUUGGUAAAAACAAAGCAGCAGAGCAUCCAGCUGCUCCGCCGGCUGACGUGAGAAAGACACGUGAUCUUGAGAAAUCACUUGAAAGGGAGAAGAAUGCGAAUCUCCAACUACACUUGCAAUUACAAAAAGCUAGAGAGGAAGUAACAACGCUUAGAGCUGAAAUUCAACAACUGAAGGCCAAUCUCCGUUCACCCAGUAAUCCUACAACACCACGGUUAAGUCAGAAACAAGAUUUGAUCAAAACAUCAAGUGGAUCCAUCUUCGGUAAAGCAUCGCCUUCAACAAGCGUAGCGGAUAUUUAUCAAAUGGCUGAGAACGAAGUGCGCGGUAAUGGUAAUGUUCCUGUGGAACAAAUGGCCAAGAAAACGGCUCAUCACUUACAACAAACAUUAAACAUGCGUGCAAUAAAAUGUCCAGUUUGUUUAAACACUGUCCCUUUUGCGCAAACUGUCUCCAAAUGCACUGUGUGUAACAUACUUUGUCAUUCAAAAUGCGCUCAAUCACUUCAAGACUUGUGCGGAGUACCAAAAUCACUUCUUCCGCAUUUGGCUGCUGGCCUAAGCCGCUCAUCUAUGGUUCUUGAUGAUGGUUCAAUUGCAAUCGACGUGACAGAUGGUGCAAAGUUACCAAAGAUUGAGGGUUGGCUAAAAUUUCCCAGAAAGAGUGGCACAAAACAAAGCUGGGAGCGCAAAUGGGUGGUAUUGUUUGAUAUGAAGUUAUCGAUUUAUGACAAUGAAAACACUAUAGUUGUUCAACCUUUUCGUGUAGAGUUCGAUCCGUUCGAUGAGAUCGAUCUAAACAUCACAGAUGGAGAGCUAAACAUUCACCCAGCUAUCCCAGCAUCUGAGCUUAUAUGGGCAGCUAGCAACGAUGUUCCAUAUAUCUUCUCCAUUGAGUUGCUACCGUACACGUUAGGAUGGCCGAGAAGGACGCUCUACUUUUUAGCGCCAACAUUCUCUGAUAAACAAAAAUGGGUCGCUGGUCUUGAAUAUAUCUCUGACGAAGUGAAGAAAGGAACUCAAAAGCAAGACCAUGGUAUGGUUACUGAUGUUAUUAUUCGUGUAGAAGGCUCGAAUCCUGUCGAUGUUAACUGUGCAAUCAUGUUGCCAGAAUCAGGAAGUAUACUUGGCGCAGAAGAUGGACUCUAUGUUGUAUCCUUACGGCGAGGUAGUCCCAGUAAGCCGGUACCGGUUAUUGGGCUCGGUCCAGUCUACCAACUCGCGUUAAUAAAGGAACUUGAGUUAGUGUUGGUUAUUGCCGGUAAGGAACGUCUGUUCUGUUAUAUGAAUAUCAAAGAUUUGGAAAACCGACUGAAGCAGUUGCACACCGGUUCAUCUAUAUCUGCUAUUUCUUCGCAUCAAAUCGACAAGGUCAAAUCAUGCCACAUGUUUACAGUGGCAAAGGUAGACAAUGAAUUCUACGCAUGCGCAGCUACUGGUCAUAAAUUGUACAUUUUGAAGUAUAACCAAACGGUGCAGUCGUUCGUAUUAAAGAAGGAAGUGGAAACUACAGCUUCUUGUUCAUGUUUGUUAUUAUCUAUGAACUCCGUCAUCUACGGCACCAAUAAGUUUUAUUCUGUUGACUUGAAGAACUUUCAAAAGAGAGAUUUUCUUGAUGCAAGCGAUACAUCUUUAGCAUUUGCGGUAUUUGGUAGUUCUCGAGUACAGAGCUUCCCAAUAGCCGUAUUUAACGUUAGCAAAGGAGCUAAACGAGAAGAAUUUCUCCUCUGUUAUAACGAAUUCGGAGUGUUUGUCGACUGGCAAGGUCGUCGCUCAAGAAAAGGAGAUUUGAAAUGGUCUCAUCUUCCUUUAGCCUUCGAGUACCAUCAACCACAUUUAUACAUUACACAUUUCGCUUCGAUUGAAAUUUGCGAAAUUUCAUCAGACUUAAAGUCUGAUAUCAGCACUAUUCCAAGAAGAUUCGUCGAUGUUCCUGAUCCUCGCUUUCUCGGAACUGGACUGAACGGUCGUUCGAUUCUGUUGGCUAGCACGCAGAAAAAUAAACUGGAAAUAAUUUCCUACCAAGCUGACAUCACGCAUAAUAAUCUGUCUCGCAAUGCAUCCACCAUGUCAAGUAUGUCCUCCAUGUCGUCUGGAUCUGGUGCGAGUGUUGCGAACGCGAUUCUGGAGAAUUCGGGGAUAACGCUCGACCCUAUUAUAUCGAAGUCCUCUUCUAGUCAUUCGAUAUGUUCAGACGAAGAGACGUCAAAUACGAUUGGUGGUAAAGAGCUGACGACGACGCCUCGCUCAAAACGAAAAGACCAUGUAAGAAAUCAGGAAAAAGACAAAAACAGGAUUUCCUUUCGUUUUUUUAAAGGCAAUCGGAAAUCGCAAUACGAUGGCCAUUAACGUUUCACCAGCACUGUUUUGUAAGAUGGGGAGUUACCGGCAACCGAAGAUCUCGUGUAAACAGGAUGAGGCUUACAGAUUUCUUUUGCAUUAAGUGACAAACGAAACAAGUAGAAGCGAUGUAAAAACUAGUCCAGACGUAAAAAAAACGUGUGUUUUGUAGAUUUUUGGCAACCGUACGAAGUAGUGACCAACAUGUAUUUUAUAACUCUCCCGCCAUAUUUAUGAGGUUGCGUUGCCGCAGAAGAAGGAAAGAAAGAAAAAAGCGCAUUUGUCGUCUUUUUUUUGCAAAUGAAAAUUUAAAAUGAAAUUUUUGUUAGAAAUAAUUUUUGUAUGAAAAGAAUUGUUAUUUAUCCUUA